AUGAACUUCAUGAACGUCAUCUUCGCGGCGCAGAAGCAGAACAUUUUGAUCGAUGCCUGUGUCUUGGACUCCGAUUCGGGACUCCUCCAGCAGGCGUGUGACAUCACGGGGGGACUUUACCUGAAGGUGCCUCAGAUGGCCUCCCUCCUGCAGUACUUGCUGUGGCUCUUUCUUCCUGAUCAAGACCAGAGAUCUCAGUUAACCCUCCCGCCCCCGAUCCACGUGGACUACCGGGCCGCCUGCUUCUGCCACCGCAACCUCAUUGAGAUCGGCUACGUGUGCUCCGUGUGCUUGUCCAUAUUCUGCAACUUCAGCCCCAUCUGCACGACCUGCGAGACGGCCUUUAAGAUCUCCCUCCCUCCCGUGCUGAAGGCCAAGAAAAAAAAGCUGAAAGCGUCUGUGUGA